AUGAGUGAAGAAAGGGGCAAGAUACUAUCGCUUCGCAGCGGCCCGAAGAGGAAAGGCCGCCCUACCAUCAGCGCUCCCCGCCAGAUCUCAGAUCCCAUCCCUAUCGAUGGCGUCGCCGUGCCUCGUAGUACCGGCGGAAAGGCUGCAGCUGGUAACCUGCCUCUUCCCCGGCAGAGACAACCCCCUACCAGCGGCGGGAAGACGAGCGACCUCGUCAAGAGGCGCUACUCAACCCGCUUCAACAAUCUCCCCGCUGAUUUUGACGCAACUGCGCCGCCUGUUCCUUCGAUGCCCAGCUUCGACCCUUCGAAAUACGAACAGUCAGCCUCACGAACCCGCCAGCUCCCGUCGCGUGACGGGGGCGUGCCCGCGAGUUCAGGUAGAGAUGUGCCACCAAGCGUCGAUCCGAAGGCGCUUCGAGACCCGAGACUCGUCCCUGAUCAAUAUGUUGCGAACAUCCUUAGCGAGGCUACCGAGGACGAAAUUAGAGAUUAUGAAACGGCCCUGCGCAAAUUGAAAGCCAAAGCAUCCGUCGACCUGCAACAGAAUGUCUACCAGAACCGAGCACAAUUCAUCAAGAUUAGUAAAGAAGCCGAGAAGUUGAAAUCAGAGAUGCGCACUUUGCGCAACUUGUUUAAGGAGUUAGCUACAAACACCAACGCACUUAGGGCCGCGUCUGGUAGCAGCAAUGCUCCGACGAGCGGGGAGUUCUCAACCGGGCUGAGCAAGCGUGACAAACGCAGCUCCGUGGCCGAUAGAACGGCGCUCUGGAAUUCGCAGAUGCAGGCGCUCUAUAAGAACGUAGAAGGCUCUCAGAAAUUCUUGCCGAAUUCCAUGGGCCGCCACGUCGUUCAAAAUGCUGGGCCUUGGAUUGAACUCGAUAACGCGACAUAUAAGCCGAGGCGGUCUAUGCAGAUGUUCCUCCUCAACGACCACCUGUUGAUCGCGUCGCGGAAAAAGCGCAAGACGGACAACCCAAAUGACACUCGCGGCCCGGCCACGAAACUCGUUGCGGAUCGUUGCUGGCCGUUGUUGGAUAUCGAAGUAGUUGACAUGGCUGUGGCUAGCGAAUCCUACAGCGGCAGGAACAAGUUGGUCGACGCCAUCAGGGUUCGAGGGGUAGGCCAGGAGUCCUUCAUCUACCGGACGGAGAAGUCCGAAGACUCCGAGAAAUCGGCCUUGCUAUUGAAUAUCCGGAAAGCAGUUGAGGAAUUGCGAAAGAAUGUGCAGUCCGAGAUGGAAGCUAAUAACAAGGCUAAAGAAACCAUCAAUUAUUUUGCCUCCCGAGAUCCGGGCCUGUUGCAGAAGACGGAGUUGCUCGAGACGCUCUCAGAUAUCAAGGAUAUGCUCAUCGAGGUCGACGGCAAGCAGCACAACCUCCGCUGGGUCGAGGGGCAGAUGGAUGAGCUAGACAUCGACAUCGCCUUACAGCGAUUCGAGCUUGCGGUCGACCGUGUUGAGCGGAUGCAGAAAUUGGCGCGGGGCCUGAAGAGCAAUCUUAUUGCGCAGGAUUUCAUCGACUUCAAAGUUGAGGAGCGAUGCGCGAAACUAGCUGGGCUAAUUGCUCGGGAGCUUAUUGACUCACACUCGCAGUCGCAAAAGACGAAACGCAACGUCGGAUGGCUCAACAGACUGGGCUUCGAAGAUCGCGCAAGGGAGGCAUACCUCGAGGCCCGCAGCGACCUAAUUCAGAAGCGAUGCCGGCAAUGCAUUUUCCAAGGGGACCUGCACCUUUACAUCUGGCAGAUAUCGUUCGUCUACUUCAGCAUCAUUAGAAAUACCGUUCGGUGCUUCCAGAGCUGUUUCCCGCAAACUCUGAUGAGCGCGUGCGUGAAGUGGGCUAAGGAGGAAGUAGACAAGUUCAACGUGAUCCUAGCGAGGCAGCUGAGCAGCACCGAGAAGGAUGGGGAGGUGUGGAAGCAGUGUAUAGGCCGAGCCAAGGCCCAUGCGGAGAUGCUCGAAGAGGUGCACCUCGAUUUUCGAGGCCUGGAUGUCGGGCGUGUUCCUGCUGAAUUGACUCCCCUCCCCGCCUUAGAGCCUACUACCAUCCCGACGCUCGAUGGUUGGAUCGAGAGCUUGAUGAACUGCAAGCAGCUUUCUGAGACGGAUGUUCAGAGGCUCUGUGAGAAGGCCAGGGAGGUCUUGCAGGAGGAAUCCAACGUCCAGCCAGUAAAAUGUCCAGUUACGGUCUGUGGUGACAUCCACGGCCAGUUUCACGAUUUGAUGGAACUGUUCAAGAUUGGUGGCCCCAAUCCCGACACCAACUAUCUAUUUAUGGGCGACUAUGUCGAUCGAGGCUACUACUCUGUCGAGACAGUGACCCUGCUCGUUGCCCUUAAGAUUCGAUACCCCCAACGCAUCACCAUAUUGCGUGGCAAUCACGAGUCCCGCCAGAUUACCCAGGUGUACGGCUUUUACGAUGAAUGCCUGCGCAAGUACGGAAACGCCAAUGUCUGGAAGUUCUUCACUGAUCUGUUCGACUACCUGCCCUUAACCGCACUCAUCGAUAACCAGAUCUUCUGUCUCCAUGGCGGUUUGUCGCCUAGUAUCGACACGCUUGAUAAUAUCAGAGGGCUUGAGCGGACUCAGGAGGUCCCACACGAAGGUCCCAUGUGCGACCUGCUGUGGUCUGACCCGGACGACCGAUGCGGCUGGGGUAUCUCCCCUCGAGGUGCGGGUUACACAUUUGGGCAGGACAUUUCGGAGGCCUUCAACCAUAACAACGGCCUGACCUUGAUUGCGCGGGCACACCAGUUGGUCAUGGAGGGUUACAACUGGUCUCAAGACCGAAAUGUUGUGACCAUUUUCUCCGCACCAAACUACUGUUACAGAUGUGGCAACCAAGCGGCCAUCAUGGAGAUCGACGAGCAUCUGAAGUACACCUUCUUACAGUUUGACCCGUGCCCGCGGGCAGGUGAACCCAUGGUCUCCCGACGCACGCCAGAUUACUUCCUCUAA